UAUUUCGAUGUCAUGUAAUACUCAGAAUCAUGAAACGAAUUUUGCAGAAGAUUUAUCAUUGUUCAAAAGUUUACGGGUUUACAGCAGCCGGUGUAGUUGCAAUUGUUGGCAUCAUUGUCUAUGAGAGAAGCAGAAAUAAUCCAGUAUUUUCAUCAUGGACAACAAGUCACAACCCCAGUGUAAAAUGGGAUUACAACUGGGAUAGACGAGAGCCUGAGAGUACAAUUAAGCCUCCUAAAGUUUCUGCCACAGAUGAUGAGAAACUGCAGUACAAAGAGAAGCUUGCUAAGGUUCCAACAGCAACCAGACAUAUCAUUCUGAUCCGACAUGGACAGUAUUUUGACAACGAAAAUUUAGAUAUCAAUAGGAAGCUGACUGAUCUUGGCAGAGAGCAGGCUUAUCUAACUGGUGCUAGAUUGGUUGACAUGAAUUAUCCAUGGUCUAAAUUGAUCUCAUCAACAAUGACACGUGCCAAGGAAACUGCUGAUAUCAUCCAUAAACAACUUCCUGAUCUCCCCAGAGAAGAGUGUGACUUGUUAAGAGAAGGUGCCCCAAUACCUCCAGAACCGCCCUCAGGAAAUUGGCGACCGGAAAAACAGCAGUUUUAUAAAGAUGGUGCUCGUAUUGAGGCAGCGUUCCGGAAAUACUUCCAUCGAGCCGAGCCAGACCAAACUAAUGACAGCUAUGAAAUUGUAGUGUGUCAUGCUAACGUCAUUAGAUAUUUUGUAUGCAGAGCUUUACAGUUCCCUCCCGAAGGUUGGCUUAGAAUCAGCCUCAAUCAUGCCAGUAUAACAUGGUUAUAUAUACGACCCAACGGUAGAGUGGGACUGCGUACACUUGGAGAGGCGGGCUUUAUGCCGGUGGAUAAAGUUUCAGUGUUAUGAUGAAAGUAUACCUCUAGUGUUACAUUUAGAUGCAGUAUAAAAGACGAGUGUGGAUGGAGAAAAUCAAAACUUACUUAUAUAGGAACUGUACAGCGAAAAAUGGCCAAGCCGUCCAUUUUGUUCUGUACAAAGUUUUCAGACUGUUUAAAAUCUGUGCAAUGUUCAGUCUCACUCUGACUGACUGUGACGUAGCUGAUCAUGUCCUUAAAUGCUAUUGUGUAAAUAUGACUGGUUCCUUCAGUUGAAUUAUGCCAGUUUAACAAAAAAUUAUUUUUACCACUGUCUAAUUAUUUUGAACUAUUUACAGCACACAUUGAUAAGACUACAGAGAGCUUUAAAUCAUGUGUUAAACCUCGCCUUAAUUGUAUGCACACAGUAAUUGAACUAAACCUUUUUAUACGCCCGUUUGAAAAACGGGACGUAUUAUGGGAACGCCCCUGGCGGGCGGGCGGACGGGCGGGUUGGCGGGCGGGCGGGCGGGCGGGCGGCGUCCACAGACCUUGUCCGGAGCAUAUCUUCUACAUGCACGAAGGGAUUUUGAUGAAACUUGGCACAGUUGUUCACCAUCAUGAGACGGAGUGUCAUGCGCAAGAACCAGGUCCCUAGGUCUAAGGUCAAGGUCACACUUGGAGGUCAAAGGUCAAAUUCAAGAAUGACUUUGUCCGGAGCAUAUCUUCUUCAUGCAUAGAGGGAUUUUGAUGAAAGUUGGCACAAUUGUUCAUCAUCAUGAGAAGGAGUGUCAUGCGCAAGAACCAGGUCCCUAGGUCUAAGGUCAAGGUCACACUUAGAGGUCAAAGGAUACAAGAAUGAAAACUUUGUCCGGAGCAUUUCUUCUUCAUGCAUAGAGGGAUUUUGAUAUAACUUGGCACAAAUGUUCACCACCAUGAGGCGGAGUGUCAUGCGCAAGAACCAGGUCUCUAGGUCUAAGGUCAAGGUCACACUUAGAGGUCAAAGGAUACAAGAAUGAAAACCUUGUCCGGAGCAUUUCUUCUUCAUGCAUAGAGGGAUUUUGAUAUAACUUGGCACAAAUGUUCACCACCACAAGACGUAGUGUCAUGCGCAAGAACCAGGUCCCUAGGUCUAAGGUCAAGGUCACACUUAGAGGCCAAAGGUCAGAUACAAGAAUGACUUUGUCCGAAGCAUUUCUUCUUCAUGCAUGGAGGGAUUUUGAUGUAACUUGACACAAUUAUACACCAUCAUGAGACGAAGUGUCAUGCACAGUUCCCUUCUUUAGAAUUACUUCCCUUUGUUGUUACUAUAAAUAGCUUAUAUUGUAACUUUUUCAUUACUAGUCGUAGGGAAAAAUCGAGACCACUUUUCUGUAGUACAACAUGCAUGCUACAUCCAAUUUUGAGGUGUAUUUUGACCAGUCUCUACCUGGUAAAGAUUUUUGUGUGGACUUACAAUUUUUUUUGAUUUUUUUUUUUUUUUUUUUAAGAUUAACUUCCCUUAGUUGUUACUAUAAAUAACUUAUAUUGUAACUUUUUUAUAAUUGACCGUAGGGAAAAACCAAGACCACUUUUCUGUGGUACAACAUAGAUGUUACUUUCCAAUUUUAGGUGUAUUUUAAGGUAUCUCUACCUGGUAAGGAGUUUUUUUGUGGACUUAGAAAAACAAAACACUUAGUUAUUACUAAACAACCACAAAAUUAAAAUUCCAUUUGCAAAUACAGGUGCUAGAGUAAAGAAAUUUGCUGUGACGGGUGUAUAUUGUGACAUUCUUGCACUCUUGUUUCAGUUAAGAUACUAAGAUCAGUCAAAAUGAUAGAUAAUAUUACAUGUAGUAAAAAUUAUUGUGUGCAUGAAUGGAUUUAGAGAUUGCAAAUUAUCAAAUGUACAUAAAUCAUACAAAAGUGAGUAUAAUAAAUCAUUUCAGCCAAGAAUUAAUUAAUUAAUUAAUCAAUUAGAGGUUUUCGAUAUGACACGAGAUGUCAGAACAAUUCGGUUUCUAUUACUUUGGUGUUCCUUUGAAAUAUUUGUGCAGCUUGAAAGAUGUGAACACUUUCCUACACCACAAAGGUUUGUCUACAGAAAGAUAUGACUGGAUUGAUUUACAUGUAGCACACCUGCUGGUUAUUGAAAUGUUGACUUUACAAAAUACUAGAGACAUUGUGAUUUAUUACUUCGUAAUGCAGGAGUUAAGACAUAGCAGCAGAAGUUUUGAAAGAAUAUAGUUUUUGCUAAUAUCUGGAUAUAUUUCAUUGUUAUGCACUGAAAGGCCCAAAAUAGCAUUGAUAUAAUAUACUUGUCCAAAGAAGUUUGUCUAUAUAAGAACAAUGUCGCUGUAAGUUUUGUAAUCUUUUCAGCAUAUUGGGUAAAAGUAGGUGCAACUUUAAGAUAUUUUAUUGUGUAAUUUCUUGAAGCAACAUAAUUUAAAACUUGGGAAUUUUAUCUGAAUUUUAUGUGAAUAUUAAUAAAACAUUUGUGAAACUGUAAUUGCAGUACAAAAACUUACACUUACAUGUAGCUUUAUUACUAUGAAGCACUUGGAAAUCACUGGUUCUUUUUUUUAGCUCAUCUGAUUUUUUUGAAAAAAAAUGAUGAGUUAUUGUCAUCACUUGAGCGGUUGUCGGCGUCGGCGUUGCCUGGUUAAGUUUUAUGUUUAGGUCAGCUUUUCUCCUAAACUAUCAAAGCUAUUGCUUUGAAACUUGGAAUAUUUGUUCACCAUCAUAAGCUGACCCUGUAUAGCAAGAAACAUAACUCCAUCUUGCUUUUUGCAAGAUUUAUGGCCCCUUUUGUACUUAGAAAAUAUCAGAUUUCUUGGUUAAGUUUUAUGUUUAGGUCAGCUUUUCUUCUAAACUAUCAAAGCUAUUGCUUUGAAACUUAGAAUACUUGUUCACCAUCAUAAGCAGACCCUGUACAUGAAGAAACGUAACUCCAUCUUGCUUUUUGCAAGAAUUAUUGCCCCUUUUGGACUUAGAAAAUCAGUUUUCUUGGUUAAGUUUUAUGUUUAGGUCAGCUUUUAUCCUAAACUAUCAAAGCUAUUGCUUUAGAACUUGCAACACUUGUUCACCAUCAUAAGCUGACCCUGUACAGCAAGAAACAUAACUCCAUCCUGCUUUUUGCAAGAUUUAUGGCCCCUUUUGGACUUAGAAAAUAUCAGAUUUCUUGGUUAAGUUUUAUGUUUAGGUCAACUUUUUCUCUUAAACUAUCAAAGCUAUUGCUUUGAAACUUGCAACACUUGUUCACCAUCAUAAGCUGACCCUGUACAGCAAGCAACAUAACUCCAUCCUGCUUUUUGCAAUAAUUAUUGCCCCUUUUGGACUUAGAAAAUCAUUUUCUUGGUUGAGUAUUAUGUUUAAGUCAACUUUUCUCAUAAACUAUCAAAGCUAUUGCUUUAAAACUUGCAACAGUUUUUCACCAUCAUAAGUGGACACUGUACAUCAAGAAACAUAACUCUAUCCUGCUUUUUGCAAGAAUGAUGGCCCUUUUUAGACUUAGAAAAUCAUGGGUAGGACAAUAUUUCUAUUAUACAAAAAACAUCAGAUGAGCGUCAGCACCCGCAAGGCGGUGCUCUUGUUUUAUUGUGCAACUGUGACAUGAAAUGAACAAAGCAAAACAAUGUUCUCUUUACAUUCAAAGUUUUUUAUAAUCGUGUAUUUCUGUUAUGUGUAAAGAACUAUUUUUAUCAUAAAUGCACUCAAUUAUAUUUGUUUGGCACAUGUUCACCACCACCUUUUGGGUUUCAACAUAACUAGAUAGGAAUUUUAGUUUUACUCUGUACUGUAUAUAGGCAUUUUCUAUAUAAUAAAAUCUCAACCUACCUAUUUUUUUAACUGCAUAAUAUCAGGUAGUAAGCCAUUAUUAAGUCCUCGAUUGUUUCAUUUUCACUACACUUUUCAAACACAAACUUUUACAUUGUGUUAUCAUAACAUGCAAUAUUUGAUAGCUUUAUUUUUAUUUUCCCUAUUGAAAAGAAACAUUGUUUUACUCUGGGUUUCUGAGUCUGUCAGUUAAUCAUUUUGUUUCCCAUCAAAAGCUGGAGAAUGUUUUGGUUUACAGCUGUCAAAACUUUAUAGCCUGCCUGUGGUCAGUAAGUGACCUCUGUUGUUUCUUGGGUCAGUUUGUCAGAGGUCAUGGUCAGUGAAUUAAGACUAAAACAUGUUUCUGAUGAAAACCUGUACAUCACUGGGCUCUGCGGCUGUCAAAAGGUGAAUUACCUUGAUCCAUAUUGUUUUAGGGUUCUUUACAUCAGAGGUCAAGGCUCCAGUGACCUCAUAACUGAAACGUUGUAAGAUCAGUAACUGGAAAAUUCUUUGGCCCUAUAUGGCUGCUAAACUUAAUAGGACAAUUGCCUGUCCCUAUUGUUUGAGGUCAGUAUUGACGUCAUGAGUAAAAACAGUUUCUAUCAUUAGCUGGAGUCUUGGCUGCCAAAUGUGAUGGGAUGAUUGCCCCCGAGGGUCAAGGUCAAAGUGAAUGAAAGACUGACAAGAAAUUACAGUCAUCAAACUAAAUUGGACAAAUGCUUGUGGUCAUUAAAUGGCCCCAAAUAUGUGGGGGUCAGUGUGUUAAAGGUUGUGGUCACAGUGACCUGGAGGCUGAAAAAUAUUUGUACACUCUGGCCUAUUGCUGUCAAAGUUUCAUAGUGCCCAAUUAAUUCUGGGAUUAACUGUCAAGAUAACAGCAGAACUCAUCAGAAACAAUCAUUCUUAUAUCUGACAAGCCAUCAUAAAGACAUGUUUAACAAAUUGUUUUUGUCAUUUGUGUCAAUUUUCACUCUGUAAUAAAUAGCCAUUAUCAUUUUGUAAGCUUUUGUUGAAUUAAAAGUUUACAUAUUU